AUGAAGUUCGGUACGACUCUGCGCAAGAGCGUGUAUGCGCCAUGGAAGGAUAAAUACAUCGACUACGACAAGCUCAAGAAGCUGUUGAAGGACAACGAGGAGGACGAUUCCUGGACUGCCGACGAUGAGAGCGCGUUUGUUGACGAGCUUGCCAAUGUGCAAUUGGAGAAGGUGCACAACUUCAUCACCGACAUCUCGCAGAAACUGCGCGAUCGAACCACGGCAUGCGAGAAGAAGCUUGAGCCAUUGGCCAUAGGGAUCCAGGCGGAGGGCAAGGACGAUGGCAAGGACGAUAGCAAGGACGACAAGGACGGCAAGGAGAACAAGAUGGGCAAGGGUGAGGGCUUGUUGGGCGACGCGUCGGGGGAUUCGGCCAAGAAACCGGAGCCCAGCCAGCAGGAGAGCGAGAAGAUCCUAAAGGAAGUUUUGCGCGAGCUGGACAGCAUCACAAAGGAGACCAAGGAGCUCGAGAGCUUUAGCAGGAUCAACUUCACGGCUGUCAUCAAGGCGACCAAGAAGCACGACAAGCUUCGCGGCAGCUCCUACCGCCUGCGUCCUUUCAUCGAUGCGCGCAUUGCUCGUCACCCGCUCCACACCGAAGAUGCCUCGCCGCUGCUGUACAGGCUGUCGGCGCUGUACUCUUUCGUCCGACAGAGGCUCGAAGGCAAGCCCAAGGAGGCCCUCUCUUUCGCUGAAAGCAGCGCGGACGGCGAGGGCUUCACCUCUCACAAGUUCUGGGUCCACAUGGACAACCUCUUCGAAGUCAAGACCGUCAUCCUCCGCCGCCUUCCCGUCCUCGUGUACAACCCACAAUCGGCCAAGACCGCCGAAGGCACUCAGCGCGACCCUACCAUCACAUCCAUCUACUUCGAUAACCCCAACUUCUCCCUCUACUCGGACAAGGUCAAUGGCAAGCCCGAUGCCUCUUCACUACGCCUUAGGUGGUACGGACAACUUGGCGAGAAGCCCGAGAUCAUGUUCGAGAAGAAGGUCAUCAAGGAGGGCAACGCCGCCGAAGAGGUCCGCUUCCCAAUCAAGGCCAAAUACGUGCAGUCUUUCCUCGACGACAAGUACCACAUGGAGAAGAGCAUCGACAAGAUGACCUACCGCCCCAACAAGAAUCAGGAGGAGAUUGACAAGUUCAAGAAGGCUGUUGUAGAUAUCCAAAGCUUUGUAAAGGAACAGAAGCUGCAGCCAAUGCUGCGCGCCAACUACACCCGCACUGCAUUCCAGAUCCCCGGCGACAACCGCGUCCGCAUCUCGCUCGACACAAACCUCGCCCUCAUCCGCGAAGACGCACUCGACGACGACAGACCGUGCCGCGACCCCGAGGACUGGCACAGGCGCGACAUUGACAACGGGCAGAUGGAGUUUCCCUUCAAGGCUCUCAAGAAGGGCGAGCUCCACAAAUUCCCCUACGCCCUCCUCGAGAUCAAAGUCAAGGGUAUGAAGAAGUACGAGUGGAUCGAAGACCUGAUGCACUCUCACCUGGUCAAAGAAUCCCCCCGCUUCUCCAAGUUUGUCCAUGGCGUAGCCAAGCUCUUCGAAGACAACGUCAACACGUUCCCCUUCUGGCUCAGCGAGGUCGACAACGAUAUUCGCAAGGAACCAGAAAAGGCCUUCGACGACGAACAAGAGAAGAAGCGUAAAGCAGCCGAAGACGAAUUCGCAGUCGGUUCUCUGUUUGGUGCGCGCGCAAGUCCGAGUUAUCGCGCUUCCAUCGCUUCCCCAGUUGGCUCACCAGCCGCAACACGCUCAGUACCCAAGAGCGCCAGCGCAGCAGCUCACUCCAUGCCCGUUGUUAAACCCCCGUUUCCCACCAUCGGUUCGCACCUUUCUCAGCGCUCUCAACGCGACACCAACCAAGAUACUGGCAACAGGACCAACGCCCGCAUAGACGAAGAAGCAGACUCGGACGAUGAAGACACCUUAGUCCUCGCCGGCAAUGGCAACGGCAAGCAACCCAAAGCAAGCGGCCUAGCCUCCCUCUUCCCUUCCUUCUCCACGUCAAAAUAUGCCCGCAAACAACAAUCCCAACGUAAAAUCCAACUGCCCCCUGGCAUCCGCGACCCAGGUGUCUGGAUCAAAGACCAAGGGCCCGUGCGUGUCGAAGCCAAAGUCUGGCUCGCAAAUCAGCGUACUUUUAUCAAGUGGCAGCACGUCUCCGUUCUCCUUGCUAGUUUGUCGCUGGGACUGUAUAAUGCGGCGGGUGAGGGCAAUGAUAUUGCGAGGGCUCUGGCCGUUGUGUAUACCUGCAUUGCGGCUUUUACGCUUGCUUGGGGUUAUGCCAUGUAUAUCUACAGGGCGAGGUUGAUCAGGGAGAGGAGCGGGAAAGACUUUGAUGCAAUUACGGGCCCGCUCGUGGUGUGUGUGGGCUUGGCAGUUGCCUUGUGUUUGAAUUUUGCGUUCAAGUACAAUGCUUUGGUCAAGGAGAGACAACAUCAUCUGCAUCAUCAUCACGAUGUUACGGUGAAUGCUAGUUUGGGAGGUGAACAGAUGGAACUUAGGGUUUGA